UCCAUUUUGUUCGCGGACGCUGGGGACGGUGGGAGCACAUCCAUUUCCGGGUUGGCAAAAGGGGCGGCGGCGGCGAGAAAGAGAGCUUGCUGGGGGGGCGAGUGAGACAAGACGAAACCAGAGCAGAGGUGGCGGAGGAUUCGCUCCCGGAGCAGCUGCAACCAGUGCUCAUCAGGCAGGUAUAUGAGUGACCUAAAGCUGCAAGUAAACACGGAGAGAGAGCAGUGCCAACAGGGAGCAGGGCAAGGAUGCCAAUUCCUCCUCCUCCUCCUCCCCCUCCUGGCCCUCCUCCCCCUCCCACUUUUAAUCAGGCAAACAUAGACCCUCCCAAGCUGAGUAGAGAUGAGCAGCGGGGAAGAGGUGCCCUCUUACAGGACAUUUGCAAAGGGACCAAACUGAAGAAGGUGACCAACAUUAAUGAUCGGAGUGCUCCUGUCCUUGAGAAGCCCAGAGGAAGCAGUGGUGGUUACGGCUCUGGAGCUGGUGCCCUGCAACCCAAGGGAGGUCUCUUCCAAGGAGGAGUGCCGAAGCUCCGCCCUGUGGGAGCCAAGGACGGUUCAGAGAACAUAGCUGGUAAGCCAGCGCUACAAGUCCCCAGUUCUAGAGCUGCUGCCCCAAGGCCUCCAGUAUCUACAGCCAGUGGACGUCCGCAAGAUGAUACAGACAGUGGCCGAGCCUCCCUCCCAGAACUGCCCCGGAUGCAGAGACCCUCUUUACCGGACCUUUCUCGGCCCAAUACCACCAGCAGUACGGGCAUGAAGCACAGCUCCUCCGCGCCUCCCCCACCACCUCCAGGGCGCCGUGCCAACGCACCCCCUACACCUCUGCCUAUGCACAGCAACAAAGCCCCAGCCUACAACCGAGAGAAACCCUUGCCACCGACACCUGGACAAAGGCUCCACCCUGGCCGAGAGGGCCCUCCUGCUCCCCCUCCAGUCAAACCACCUCCUUCCCCUGUGAAUAUCAGAACAGGACCAAGUGGCCAAUCUCUGGCUCCUCCUCCGCCGCCUUACCGCCAACCUCCCGGGGUCCCCAAUGGACCUUCCAGUCCCACUAAUGAAUCAGCCCCCGAGCUGCCUCAGAGACACAAUUCUUUACAUAGGAAGACACCCGGGCCUGUCAGAGGCCUAGCACCUCCUCCACCCACCUCAGCAUCUCCCUCUUUAUUGAGUAAUAGGCCUCCUCCUCCAGCUCGAGACCCUCCUAGUAGAGGAGCAGCUCCUCCACCUCCGCCCCCUAUGAUCAGAAAUGGUGCCAGGGAUGCUCCUCCACCCCCACCCCCAUACCGAAUGCAUGGAUCAGAACCCCUGAAUAGAGGAAAACCCCCACCUCCACCCUCAAGGACGCCAGCUGGGCCACCCCCUCCUCCACCACCCCUGAGGAAUGGCCACAGAGAUUCUAUCACCACUGUUCGAUCUUUCUUGGAUGAUUUUGAAUCAAAGUAUUCUUUUCACCCAGUAGAAGAUUUUCCUGCUCCAGAAGAAUAUAAACAUUUUCAGAGAAUAUAUCCCAGCAAAACAAACCGAGCUGCCCGUGGAGCCCCACCUCUGCCACCCAUUCUCAGGUGAAGUCUGGCUUGGUCCUGUUCCUCAGGAAAAAGGAUGGACCUCCUUUUUUUGUCAGAUGGUCCUCUCCAUUCCCCUGAAACCUGCAUGAGAGCUCCUAACAUGUUUCUCCUGUGCAAACAAUCCUAGACUCCAAGCAUCCUUCCAGCUCACCUCCAUCUAUGCAUCUCAUCUCUGGACUUGGUGAUUGGACUCUUUGCGUCGGCAGUAGGGUCUCAAACUCUGUAUCCAUCCCUACUCUAACAAACCCUGCUGGCCAGAAGAGGAGAAAGCCUCCAUGUCUCCUGCUCUCCUCUGGGGAAAGGUGCCUUGUUGUGGUGAAUGAACUCAUUGUUGGGCAGGGUGGAGAUUUGGUACCCUUAUCUGCCCUUAUCCACUGUAGGGGGAGCUUGGCAGGUAGAUUAUAUUCCAUCAUUUUGGAGGCUGGCACGGCCAGAACUUUGGUGGGAAGGGAGGGGGCAUUUUUAGUGAAGCAGUAAAGGAGUUUGCAGAGAAUUGAUCUGUUUUAAAGGUCAGCUUUGGAGAAAGGACAAGGAAAUGGGUCUUCUUUAUUUUUAGGGGUAUUUCAGUUUUGUUCUCACUGCCCACCACCCAAUCCCAGGGCUAAGUUGGAUAUAAACACUAAAUACUAAUUAGUUGAACUAAAACUUUAAUCAAAUGAGAGGGCGAAAAAAACCGAGGAUCAUUUUAGAGCUAUUCAGUUCUUCUGUAACUAAGGAACUAGGAGCCAUUUGAGUCCUCUAGGACUUCCUGCCCCCUUUCCUCAGGGUGCUAGGCUGAAGGGUGUUCUGCCCCAUCUCCUCAAAAGAAAAAUUCCUUUUUGUCAGGGGCAUCAUUCAUUCCUGAUUCACAAAUCCCAAAAACUGCUGGUAGGAAAUAGGAAGACAGGGUCUGGGCCUUAACUUCAAGUCUGCCUCAGUCUUGUCUUACUGACCCUAGCCCUUUGAGUCCUUCAUGUUCCAGAAUGACUUAAGAAGGGAAGGGCAAAACACUCUGCAAAAGACUUUAUGGCCUGCUCAUGCUGAAGUUCACAGCCCAUCUGACUGAGAAAGCUCUUUCCAUUCCUUUCUUUAUCAGCCUCACCUUCCCAAGAUUUCAGGGGCUAAUGCAGCAGAGUUAAGGGGUGAGGAAGUGAGUAGAAGUUUGUGGAGAUACUCAAAAUUCCUUUAUGCCAAGAAGCACAAAAGACUUUGGUGUGAAGUUGCUUCAGUCUGAUAGGUCUUCCUUGGUAGCCAGCAAUAUGUUGUUUCUUUGUCUUCCAGGCCUUAAUUAAAAGAGCACAGAGAAAAUGGAGGGACCAACUGAGGUUGGAUGAUGGGACAGUGACUUUCCCUUCUCCAACAACAGGUUGGGGCUCCUGGGCUUCACACACCAGAUGGUUUGGUUUGCUACAGCUGUUGCCAUAUAUAGAGGCUACUCAAAACUUGGCAUGAGAGCAGGGAGACCAGGCUGUUUUUGAAAUGAAGGGGGAAAACUAUUUAAAACCCUCUUCUGAAACAUCACAGGCUUGAAAUGCUGCAGGGACCUUUCUAAUCCAUUAGAUCAGAUCAUAAACUAAGGAUCUGAGCAUGAUGUCAGGUGAAACCCAAAUCUUCUCAAUGGUAGAUGAAGGAGGGCUCAACUUGGGUUAUCUGUUUGGAGUCUCUUUGUCCUUUGCCAUCCCUUAGACCACAUUAACUCUGGAUAUAGACUCUCAUGAUUAGGUCUGUCACCAGACUUUUUCAAUUAUUAUUUAUCAUGCUUUUUUUAAAAUCUGUUAGCAGUUACUUCCCAGACAUUUCCCCAGCAUCCUGAAGUGACUAGAGCUGAGAGAGAGGAGAGUACAAGAGUUGUUACUGCAGCAGAGUUCCAGGGUAGAUGCUGACAAGUUACUGAACUUUGACUGUGAAGUCUUCCCAUUUAUUUUUGAAAUGGGAGUUGAUGCCUUUUGUACAGUGUUUAUCAGAGUGUGUUUUUCUUUUUCCUUUAUUCAAACAUACAUAGAGCAUCAAAAUAAGAAUCACAAAUAAAACCAAACCUCAGCUUUUCAUUGGGGCUGAUGUCUUCCUCCCCAUGACCUGCUACUACUCAUAUUCCUCAGCAUUUGGACUGUGUCACAUGGGUAUUGAUUGUACUUUAACUGUCUUGGCCUCAUGAAAAACAAAAAGGCCUGGGUCUAGAUCUAAUCAAAUGGCUUUUCUCCUUUGGAACAUGUUAAUGACACAGCACCUAUUUAAAUAUCUUUGCCUUAUACAUUAUUUCUUCCCACUGUUAAUAACAGAUUUAUUAUCAUGUAUAUUUGCUAUUGAAGAUGGGAAUGUGAUCCUCAUAAUUAUUGGUCUAUUUUGUAUGUUGUACAGAGCUUGUAAUAUAGGUUUAAGGUGGGCUAGCUGCAAGAGCACUAAAACUUCUCACCUUUAAAACUGCUCUUUUUAUCUGCUCAUGGGGAUGUCAACUCUUCAGUGGAAGAUCAGGUGGUCUCAUGUUGAGGCUAUAGCCCAGUCCCCAUUAACUCCCUUCUCCAUUCCUGGAGGGAAGAGACAUUGCCCAACUAAGCAUCUGAGAAGCUGUGUUAACAGUGAUUGUGUGGGCUUGGUUUUAUGAUGUUUUUCCUUAGUGGGAAAAACGUAAUAGUUGUUUCUUACUGCCCUUUCUAGGAAGCAGGGCAGUGACCUCCAGGUUUUUAAAUGAGCUAGAUGUCUGUCUUCCCCCUCUCUGGUCAACAAACCUGGACCAAGGCAUGUUGAUAUUCCAGGUAUGGUUUUCUUCAUCAUGGGGAUUUGAUCCAGCUGCAUAGCCCCACCAUUUUCACAGCCUACGCCAGCAGAGUAAGAGCCUAGGACUAUACCAGCUGAUAGACAUGAGGCUGCUGUCUCCAGGAAUUUGUCCCAGCCUCUUAACUGGCAAAGGCAAGGAGACUGGCCAUUGCACUGGGGGACUCCCCUCACCCCUUUGGCUUCUCAGCUUGAAACCCAGAUUUACCUCCAGGAAGAGGUGAGAAAAAAAUGUAAAUAGACUUGCUACAGAGCAACUCAGGGUUGGGGUGUGUUUUAAUUCUCCUGAUCACUUGAAAUAAUCUGUAGGCUGAGUGCUUAUGGGAGUGGGGGAGAAGUAUUACUCCAGGGUCCUUCCUUUCUGUGAAGCUCUGGGGGUGGAGUAUAGGGGAUCAGAGGCCCUUUGAUGGCACUACUGUCCUGGAAACCCAACCUACAAUCAACUGCAAAAUCAGAUUCUUCACAUUCCAGUUGUAGUCUUUCUUUCCCUGUUGAAUAUUAGUCCCUAGUUAUGAAGUCAUGGGGGCUUUCUGUUAAGCCACCCUAAUUUAGGGAAUGGGAGGGAAAGGCGGGUGAGCAUUAUAGCUCUGCCUUCAAGACUUAUAUCUUAAAAACAAAAUGAAACAAAACUAUAACCACCUUCAAAAUCACAUGCAAAUAAAGAAAAAGGGAUAACUGACUGAAAGAAGGGUUUGGUUCCAUUCAACUCCACGUUCAUUGUGCCUUUACUUGUGUUAGAUUUCUGUGCUUUCUUCCUUUCCCUCUGAAGUAAUUAAAAUCUUCCUUGAUAACUGCUGUUUCCUACUUUCUACUCUUAUUUGUGACAACUUGGUGGGUUCCUUCUCUAAUUAUCUUAAAUCUCAUUCCACUGAUGGCAGAGAGUGCCUAGCCUUCUUUUCUCAUGUCUAACCUUUGUCGUUUUCCACAGUGACCAACAUGGAAGUCACAGUUAACACUGAAUAAAAGACUAGAAUGAUGUGUGUGUGCAUGCGUGUGUGUAUGUGACCAUCCCAUCUACAUGUGGAUACACUUCUUUAAAAAAUAAUUUAUUGUAUGAUUUAUUUUGGAGAUAUAUUCUGAUUAUAGUGCUCCCUCUCCCAAAUAGCACUGAUUCUUUUUUUCCCCCUUACCCCCUAAAAUGUAUAAUCUGGUCUCAGGUUCAAUUCUUUGGUACAUUUCUUUCUUCUGAAUGCUGUGCAGUUUAAUUAAACCUUGCUUAAAAGCAAAAACUGAAAACUGUGUACUCUUGUCUGGAAUACCAUCACAAGUGGUGGCAUAGAGAGGGGGGAAAAAAACCUAUUGCCUCAUAUUCUGGUUAAGUGUGAUGGUUUGAUUCCAUGUCACUUGAGAAAGUAGAUGUACUGACUUAAGCAGAAGCAGCAUCUGUGGUUUCCUGAGAGUUUUCUCUCCUCUUCCACAUGUUUUGAAAUUGCAGUUCUAGUUAGUUGUGCUAAGAGAACCUGACAGUCAUUUUAUAUAUAUUUAUACACAUACAUAUAUAUAUAUAUUUGCUACUGAACCACUCUUUGCCCAUGAUUUCAGGGAACCCAGGAGGCCUCCUGACCUUAUGUCCUUUCCUUGUAUCCCUUAUGAUUGUUUCUACUUGUGUUGUAUGUCUGAUUCUCAAAUUCACAGUGGAAGAAAAGAUGGGGGCAGAGCAUUUAGGUUCAUGUGUACAUUCUUAUGUGGGUGUUGGUUGUUUUCCUCAGUGCUUUUCAAGCUGAAAUCUUAGCUGGGUGUUUUUUUUUGUUUGUUUUUUUGUUUUGUUUUGUUUUUUUUUGAACUUUGAUUUUAGGUGUAAAAAAAUUCAACCAGACAUUUUUGCUUACUGUGGUCAGCUGAUAUAAUAACCUCUAAGGUUUAAUGAGCUUAACUUGAACUUUCAUUACUAGCAAAGGUCUUGAAAUCAUUUCCUAUACUGAAUCAUAAUGGGUGUGUGUAUGAAUCACUCUCACAUAAUUUAGGUAUAAAAA